GAAACCGAUCCUCCAAUCAAUUGAGAAGUUUACAAUGAUUUGUCAAAAUUCGAUGAGAUCACAUACUGUAAAUUCUGCUAUUUUGUUGUUGACAUUGACAUCUACUACACCAUGGAACACACGUGCUUGAUGGAAAUCAAAAUGUACAAUUCAGAUUUAAAUCCGUAAUUUAAUUCGUUUUUGUAAGUUAAAAAUGGCAAGCUGGCAAAAAUAUGUUUUAUUCUUUGCACAGGAACACGUUGGAUUCCGUGGUGCUGAGAUCAAAUCGCUGGCACAUAAAUUCAACAUUCCAAUCAAAUAUUCGGCUAAUCACAAUGAAGAGCAACCGUUCUGGUUAGUUGACCUACCUGAUGACCAAUCCGCUAGAGAUCUUGCAUCCCGUUCUGUAUCGCUAAGAUGCAUCCUACAAUUGUGGGGCCAUUCAGAUUCCACCACAAAUAUCCACACCGUGGUACACAAUUACGUGAACACUAACUUCAACGACUUGAAAUCCGUUUUCGAAAAGUCCUUCCGAAUCACAGUCGAAACGUACAAUAAACACAUCACCCAAAAGGAGAAAGUCGACAGAAUCGAAACUUUCGGUUUUUUACCACUUAAAGGUGAAGUGAAUUUGAAGGAUCCCGAAGUGAACUGGUGGUACAUUGAAUAUUAUGGGCUCGAUAACAAUAACGUUCCAGAGAAACCAUUCGACAUAGUAUUCGGAAAGUGGCUCGUCGAUGGCAGAAGAUCGAUAAUUAAGGACAUCUCAUUGAAAACUCGAAAAUUUAUUGGAAACACUUCCAUGGAUCCACAGCUGAGUUUAUUGAUGGCCAACCAAGCUCUAGCCGGAAAGGGAGAUCUCGUAUUCGAUCCGUUUGUCGGAUCUGGUUCGUUACUAGUAGCAGCAGCUAAGUUCGGUGCUUAUGUCAUGGGCACCGACAUCGAUUUUCUUAUGCUUCAUGCCAAGACCAGACCGAGUAGAAAAUCGCAAAGUAUUCGGGAAAAGGACGAAAGUAUUCGUGCAAAUUUGCGACAAUAUGGCUGUGAACAAUUGUACGUUGAUGUGCUGGUGUCCGAUUUUUCGAAUUCAAUUUGGAACAGAAACAUUAUGUUCGACAGUAUAAUAACCGAUCCCCCAUAUGGUAUCAGAGAAGCUAUUGAACGCGUCGAACGAAAGGAGCAUUCAAAACCGAAUACGAUAACUGAAAAUGACGUUCACUAUCCAUCAACGAGUCACUACAAUUUGUCCGACUUGUACGAGAAUCUGUUACACUUUUCCGCCAAACAUUUAAAACUUGGUGGACGCCUAGUUAGCUGGAUACCUGUUUUUAAGAAUGACUAUUGUGAGGAGUAUUUGCCGAAGCACAAAUCUCUGCAACUGGUCGCUAAUUCAGAACAGGACAUCAGUGCUAUAUCAUCUCGUAGACUUUUGACAUGGGAAAAAGUAUCUGAACCAUGUGAUCAACCGGAAGGGACGAACAGCAAUGAAAUUAUUGCUGAAUUCCGGAACAAAUUCUUUACGUAUGGUGAGGAUACACGAGAAGAACGUAGAUUGAAACAGGCCAGACUACGGGCAUAUGGCAAAGAGCAGGCGAUGCUUCGAAAAAGUAAAUUAGAUUCUAAUGUAGAAAAUAGUUCUGCGCAGAGCGAAUAGGAAUUUGUAUUUGUUGGAAGAAAUAAAUUAAGAAAAAAGUUUGAAGUUAAA